AUGUCUUUUUUCAAAAUAGUGGUUUUAUUUUUGCUCUUGUUCUCUUUUCUUACCUCAGCCUACACAACAAAAUCAAUCUCAAGCAGCGUUACCUUAGGUUGAUAUUUUCCUUCAGAAACCACAGUCACAUUUUACCUUUCUGUUUCCACAUCAAAAUUGGCAAGUAGCAGCUGAGGGUACUAUGGUCUUGGAAUUAAAUCUUCAGGCGGUAAUAGCCAUAUGGAACAAGCUGACUGCUUAAUUAUUGGCUUAUCAAGCAAAUUUGUUAAAAGUGUUUCUUGCACAGGUGAUUAUUUUCCCCCUUAUAGCGCCUCUACGCUUUAGAACUCCUGGCCCCGAUAUCUCCGGAGAGGAUCAAGAUUUGUUUUACAAAAUUGAAGCACCAAGCUUUGCCUUGGCAAAUCCACCCAACAAUUACAUGUUGAAAUUGUAGGGCUGACCCUAUCAUCAUAAAUUUGUGAAAUCAAAGAAGACAUCAGAACUAUGGAAGUCCAAAGGCGUGGGGACAAUAUAUGAUUCAUUUUCUUUGACUGAAUUCACAUCAUAUGUGAACGGAACUUAUACAGUAUAUCAAUGGACAAGAAAUUUAAGUUCAGGAGGAACUACAAAUCAUAUGACACUUGUAUCAGGGACUUCAUAUAAGUUGCUUUACUGUAAUGGACCUUACCAGUCUCAAGCAAUUCAGCACUCAAGUCAAGGAAGUACCUCUAUAACGCUGACAUAUGAUACAGUAGCUCCAAAUUCUUCAGGAUCUUCAAGUAGCAGCUCUUCAAGCGACACAAAUAAAAUGGCGACGACACCGACCCGUCCUCUCCCGAACCUGUAGUGUGAUUGGGGACCUUGCUGCGGCCUGAAGCCAAUCCACUCAGGGAAAGGUCUGAUAUGGGUACUGGUAUUUGUGUCCGGCUAGGUUUCGCUCCCGGUCCAGCAAUGACGAUUUUCGGAUCGUCCCGACGGGACAUGGGACAAAAAAGAGUUUUCCUCUAGGGACUGCUGGUGCCCAAAUCGGACGGCACAGCAGAUGCCGAUAAGAGCUAGGGAAUUAAUCCCUAGCUCUAAUCCUAGUCGACGACGUGAAGCAUGGUGACCCAGUCCGCCUACUUCCGGAAUUUCAUGACCAAGCCCCAUGACCGGAAGGAGCCGAGUGGUAGCCUGUGGCACUUAGGUGUACACUGGGAGCAGGGCAAGGAAAGCAAGCGAGGCGACAAAAAGGAGGAAGAAAAGGACCUACGGUCCUGGCCGGGAGCUACUCAAUAACAUAUAAUUAAGAUUAAGAUUAAGUAGCUCUUCAAGCAGUGGAUCUUCUAGUAGCAGCUCUUCUAGUAGCAGCUCUUCAAGUAGCGGAUCUUCAAGUAGCAGUUCUUCAGGUAGCAGCUCUUCAAGCAGCAGCCCUUCAAGCAGCAGCUCUUCAAGCAGCAAUUCUACAAGCAGCAAUUCUACAAGUAGUGAUUCUUCAAGCAGCAAUUCUACAAGCAGUGAUUCUUCAAGCAGCAAUUCUACAAGCAGUGAUGACUCUUCCAACAGCAGUUCUUCAAGUAACAGCUCUUCGAGUAGUGGGUCUUCAAGCAGCAGCUCUUCAAGCAGUAGCUCUUCAAGUAGUAGUUCUUCAAGCAGCAGUUCUUCAAGCUCUAAUGGAAAUUUGCAGACUGAAUUUACAUUAACUCCAUCUGGAACACUUUCAAGCUCUUUAUAUUUUGUUUUAAACAGUAUAGCAUCGCUACUGAUAAUCGCCUAA